AUGUGGACAAAGAUACGGGCUUGGUCUACUAGAAAUAAAGCCGGAUGCUCUUCUCCGGUCAAGUACAAACACCUUGAUCCAAUCUUAGGAUUCGACCUCCUCGCGAAGAAGAUAAAAUACACGAAAGCUGGGAAUCUGCUGGCGCUAGACGAUGAAUUGUUCGCCAAAUAUGGAAAAACAUUGCAUACAUUACUUUUUGGUAGAAAUCACUGGAUGACUAUGGAUCCCUUGAUGAUACAAACUGUCGCCGCCACUCAAGCCGAUAAGUUCGGAAGCGCGCCUUCAAAUCGUAAGCCAGAUGGGCUGUUACUAGGUGAUGGCGCCUUUACCACCGAUGGGCAUAUAUGGAAGAGGUCUCGAGAACUUCUCCAACCCGUCUUCAGUCGGUCACAAGUUUCUCAAUUAUCAGGGUUGGAAUCUCACCUGCAACGCUUCCUCGAACGUAUUCCUCGUGAUGGUUCUACGAUCGACAUCCAACCUCUCGCCCAGGGGCUUUUCUUAGAUAGUUCCAUGGAGUUUAUCUUCGGCAAAUCGUCUGGUUCCCUCUCACCUUCCGAACAGUGUGUAUAUCUCUUUUAUUAUAUCGACGAAGAGAUCAAAUUCCAAAAGCAGUCAAAAUUGCCAGGUGCAUCAUCCAAGCUUACCCAUGGCUCAUCGGGUUACCAACAUGUUCUUCUCAAAAAGCUUGUUACAAAGUACCCAGACGACAAGACUCUCAUUCGAAAUGAACUCAUGAAUGCAUUUUUUGCAGCUAGAGAUUCAGUAGGAACGGUCACCUCUAGCAUGCUAUCUCUCCUCGCUAGAAGUCCUGAAAGUUGGGGAAAGUUGACAGAAAAAGUUGCCGCUAUCGCACCUGAGCAAGAAUUGACUUUUGACGCUUCGACUAAUUUAUCCUGUCGAUCGAGCUUGGAGGACAUGUUAAUCCACUUGUAUCCUACCACGUGGUGGUGGGAAGUCGGGGAACGACCCUAUUUUACUACAACCAGGCGACCAAAUCGAGCUGAUGGUGAUGAUGCAUCCGAAUUCAACCCGGACAGGAUGGUUCGACUUAAACACAGUUGGAAAUUCAUUACAUUUUCUGGAGGGCGUCGCACAUGCCCGGCCCAGCAAAACGCAUACACUGAUAUGGCGUACUUCUUGGCCAGGAUGGUACAAGAGUUCAAGACCAUCCAUAAUCGGGAUGAUUGCAUAGAGUAUGUGGAGGAGUAUGUGAUGACCAAAUCCAGUCGAAAUGGAGUCAAAGUUGCAUUCUCAGUCAAGUAA